AUGGCGGACAUGUCCACACAGGCGGCGAUCCCAGCAGCCACCGCGGAGGAGAAGUCAAACAGUCACUAUCUCACCUUUGUGUCGCUGCGCUUUGUUGAUCUGUUCCUAAGUACUGGAGGACUCUGGUUACUCUCAUCAUACUUUGUGUUUUACAUUGUUUUCCAGUUCAAUCCUGUAUCUCCACUGUCAGAGAAGGAUCCAGGCUACAACCCAGACCCGUCUGCAGAUGACAGAGUUCAUCUUCUGGUUUGUGUGCUUUCUGCUGACUCAGCAGAAAUUACAGACUCAAUUCUGGAGAAGAUGAAGGCCGUCAGAGAGGCAGCCAGUGACCUGGGGAUUCCCCAAAUGAUGAUAGUCACCAACAUCGACAGAGCCUGUGCUGAAACUGAGAAGGAUGUGAAGAACGUGUACAAGAGCAAGUAUCUGAAGAAGAAGAUGUCAGACUUCAGCUCAGCAGUGGGAAUCCCAGUGAACUGCAUCUUUCCUGUGAAGAACUACUGUAAAGAGAUCGACCUGGAUCCUGACGUGGACGCUCUGAUCCUGAGCGCUCUGAGAAAAAUGCUCGACUUUGGAGACGACUUCAUUGCCAAAAUGAAACAAUAAUAAAAUAAAUCAAUGUAUCAGGUGGUUUCACCUGUUGACAGUU